UCCCUGGUUGGAGAUGUACUAUGGACCCUGUUUGAAAACGGCUCAGCGGAGUGAGUGGACAGUGACCGCGGCCUUUCAGCGAUGAUCUGUGUCCUGCUAGUCGCGGGCCAUGGGACGGUUUUGGAGACGCAGAUUAAGAAUGAUGUUACAGGUUUGUAUGGCCAUCUGGCUGGGGUGCCCAAAGCCCUGCUCCCUGGAGUUGGGGGGAAGAAAAUACUUGAUUUCUGGUGGGAAACGGUCAACACACGGCAGCUCUUCAGUGAAGUCUAUCUAGUCACAAAUGCAGAUAAGUACAAACAUUACGAGCGCUGGGCAACCGCUAAUGACUUCCCGGUGGAGAACGUGGUGAAUGAUGGCAGUACUACUUUAGAUGACCGACUCGGGGCUGUAGCUGACCUGGAGCUGGCCAUCCGAAGCCGUCAACUGCAAGACGAUAUCAUGGUGAUUGCAGGAGACAUGCUUUGUGCUGACCAGAACUUUGACAUUGCGCAAGUUAUCCGCUUCUUCAAGUCCAAGUCUGGGGAGCUGGCUAUAUAUUAUGAGCUGGAGGAAGGGGAGAAAUGCUGCUCCAGAGGAAUUGUGGAAGUGUGUCCAGAGUCUCAUAGGAUCACCCGUUUCCUUGAGAAGCCACAGGAGGGCGUCACUGCAUCUCGUCUGGCCAGUGUGGUUUUCUACUGCCUCCGCAAAGAAACGCUAUCUUACCUUUCAGACUUCCUGCUCCAGCAGCCAAAUGUGGAAGACAAGACGUUUGGCAGAUUCUGGGAAUGGCUCAUAAAUGAAGAAAAAUUGCCAGUAUAUGGCAUGAAGCUUCCAACAGGGUUCCAACUAAUUGGACAAGUGGGCCUAUCUGACUACACAAAAUGGCUUGCACAUUACUCAGCUAAGCAGCAAGAGUCUCCCGCCAAACCUGUCACAUGUCGUUCCUACGCCAGAGUCGGCCUGAUGGGGAAUCCCUCGGAUGGCUUCAACGGGAAAACUAUCGCUCUGACCAUUUCUAACUUCUGGGCUGAAGUCACUCUGGUGGAGAGCCAGACUCUGGUCCUCCUGCCUCAUCCUCUCAACGACCCCACUGAGUUUGGCAGUCUGCAGGAUCUGUUUCGUAUCAGCCGCAAAGAGGGGUAUUUGGGAGGUCUCAGGCUGCUACAGGCUACCUGUAAGAAGUUUUACCAGUUCUGCUCAAAGCAAGGCAUUGCUCUCACCAAGCAGAACUUCACUCUAAAGUACGACACGAACAUCCCACGUCAGGUGGGACUAGCUGGAAGUAGUGCAAUAGUGUCUGCUACCCUGAAGUGCCUCAUGAAGUUUUACAACAUCACAGAAGACGACCUUCCUAAACCAAUCAGAGCAAACUUCAUACUGAACGUGGAGACAGAUGAGCUCUUUAUCACGGCUGGUUUGCAGGACAGGGUGGUGCAGGUCUAUGAGGGUUUGGUAUACAUGGACUUCAGCAAGCAGCUGAUGGAGGAGCGAGGUUACGGGGAGUAUAUCCCCUUGGAUAUGAGCAGCCUCCCCACAUUUUGGUUGGGUUACCUAGGGGAUCCAAGUGAUUCUGGCCGCAUUCACAGCAACGUGAGACAGCGCUGGCUAAAUGGUGAAACCGAUGUUGUUGAAGCCAUGAAACGUUUCGCUGAACUCACAGACGAGGCCAGGGCAGCCUUCCACACUAAGGACUGGCCCAAACUAGCUCAGCUUAUGGAUGAAAACUUUGAGCUGAGGCGAUCCAUUUACACUGAUGACUGUUUGGGUCCAGGAAAUCUCAAAAUGGUACAACUGGCAAGACAGUUUGGCUCUGCUGUGAAAUUGCCUGGCAGCGGUGGGGCUGUUGUGGGCUUGUGUAUGGAUCCUGACCGACUGGUGGAGAUGAAGAGAGCGUUUCAGGAGGCCGGCUGUGUUUUCUGCCUUAUUGUGCCUCACAGGCCGUCUAAAUCAGUGGAGAGUUCAAAAUAACUUUUUCAUUGAGUGUGCAUAAUCAAUAGGGUGACAUCUUCUACUCUUAGGAAAGAUGAUGCUGCCAAAGCUUGCUGCCAAAGGGGGGGGGGGUGUUUGUUAUGCUCUACAAGAGGUCAUUGUUACUGGCCACUGUGUUGACCCUGGUAUGUGCUACAGUGUAUUUGUAGCAGUGGACGCAGAUGUGAAUCAUUGAAGCUAUGCUGCUGCAUGUCUCAGGCAGCAGAAACAAUUGACUUGUUAAAGUGCUAUCAAUGCCAGCAUUGUACACCCUUCCUGUCCCUGUGUGUCAAGCCAAUAAUAGCACAAGACUGAGAACCAAAAUGUUUAUUAUAAUGGGUGUGAUUUAUUCUAAAAUAGACUUGUGCAAUUCAGAUAGUACUGUGUUUUCGCAGAAACUACUACAAUGUAAGACAGUGUAGCUCUAUAUAGAUCAAAUUCAAUUGAAUCUACUAAACAGUGUGUUAGUACAUCAGAUCGGCGUACACUAUAUGCAUCACGUACCUCACAGAUUUUAUAUAGUGUCAUAUACAAAAUGUAAUUGAUUUUAACUUUCAUUUUAAUUGUACCGACUGAAGCCAUCUUGAUAAAUCUAUUUUAAAUAAAUGAACAGAAAUCCUUAGAAAA